AAUCAAUGGAACUUCUUGCUUUAUGGACAACCCAAGUUAUAUAAUGAUUCGCUUAACAUUUGGGAUAGUUUCCCAAGUUUGGUGUAGCUUCAUUACAUUUCCGCUAUAUGUGAUAAUCACACAGAUGGGAUCCAGGUUCAAAAGAGCAGUGAUCUCUGAGGGGGUGAGAAAAUCUCUACAUGGUUGGAGGAAAAGAGUGAGGGCAAGGCAACAAAGCAACAGUAAUUCUAAUAGUGCGCGACUAAGCUCUUCAUCAUCAAUGCCCUUGAUUCGUGAUAUGGACAGAUACGGUUCCAGCAGCAAUAGAAGCAGCACUGAUAUUAGUACUAGCAGUGGCAGAAGAUCCUGGAGAAAUGAAGGGUCUAGGAGGUGGUCAUUGAUGGAUUAUGGAGAUGUAGGAGCGAUAUUUACCUCGCAACAACCAAGCUAUGAAGACAGAGGAGGGAUCAACUGUGAUAGUGAUACUGGUAGUGACAGUUCUUAUAAUGAGGAGGACUAUAAUGUGAGAGAUGGUGCUCGUUAUUCUCGCAUUCCAUGAUGUUCAUCACCUUGCUUGUAUGUAUGGACAUGGCUGAAUAUAUGCAUUUAUUAAGACAAUUUUUUUAGGUUUUUGAAGAGAUCACAAGGGUCAUGUUCAUUUGUAUUUCCUAUUUGGGUUAUGUUCUUGAUGCAACCUCUCCUUGUUGGGUGGAGUAUUUACUAUUCUUGAUUUAAACAAGUUUAUGGAGGAGUAAAUUCCAACUAAAAAAUGUAAUUGGGUGACUCAUUUAUCAAAGCCAAGCCCUUGGAGAUUUUAUAUUAUUAACGCUAACUAUUAUAAUUGUGUACA